AUGGCUGCAAUAAACCCUCAGUCCUCAAGCUCGGCGGGUGGACAACAACCGCAGACACUGUACCAGUUGUCGAAAAACGGCUGUUCAGUAAUCCCAGUUAUCACAUAUGAUAGAAUAAGGGUAAAACCAAAGAUUAUAUACCCUAGAGAUAUAGUGAUCUUACACCAGACUGGUAGAAGUAGAUUUACACCCAGUCUAUCACCUUUUCCACUAAAGUUAGAAACAUAUCUACGUUUCGCUAAAAUACCAUACAAGUCUGUCCAUGGUAGACAGUUAUCGCCCAAAGGUAAAACACCAUGGAUUGAAUACAAUGGACAAACAUUAUCCGAUUCCGGUUUUAUUAUUGAAUUUUUGAACAAAGAGUUCAAAGUUGAUCUCAACACUCAUCUCAGCCCGUCAGACAUUGCAGUAGCAAGGGCGUUUCAGAAAAUGGCAGAAGAACAUCUGUACUGGACUGUCACGUAUAUAAGGUGGGUUGCGGAUGAUCAAAAACGAAUGAGACCAUUUAUAAAAAGCGGUUUCCUAACAUCAAUUAUUCUGAAAUCAUUUGGAAAAUCUGCCAAGAAAAAUCUGUAUGCACAAGGUAUUGGCAGACACACGGAGGAAGAAAUAUACAGUAUUGCUGAUAAGGAUCUUAGAGCUUUGUCGACGUUUUUGGGUGACAAAGCAUUCAUGUUUGGUGACGAACCCAGUGAAGUAGACUGUGCUAUAUUUGGCUUACUGGCUCAGAUACUAUGGAACCUGUCAAACGCGCUACCGGAAAUAAAAGGGGACUGCAGUAAUUUACAAGAUUAUUGUUACAGAAUGAAAGAAAGAUUCUGGCCGGAUUGGGAGCAGUGCAUCAUGGGAGAUGACCUUCGCCCAUGCACCCACCCAUCAACAGACCCGACUGUUUUUAAAAAUUAA